UGGCAAGUAAAGUACUUGGUCUCAUGUGAAGUGUGAACCAAAACUACGAACUCAUGCUGUGAAGCUUGUCGGUUCAGCUCUUUGGCAGCUUCUCUGUGUCUCUCACUGAUACUUUUUUUAUCUUUUACAGCAGAGUUAGCAGACCCAUAGAUAUUAUAUAUUCUAGGCUAAUCUCGGUAUCCAUUGUAGGGUGAAGUUGGAGUUUCUCAUCACCAGGAACUCAGACCGUGAGUCCGGGAGUAUCGAUCUCUGCAUCAUGCUCAUGUAGUUUUGCUAGCUUCUUGCGCGCGCACACUACGUACGGUAAUUGUAUAAGCAAAUUUCCAGAAAACAGACCAACCAGAAUGAUCUGUUGACGGACAGUUCGGUACGUACUGGCAUGGGUUGCAUGGUUUUUGGAGAUUGAACAACUAUUGAGAACUAAGUUUCAGCAUUUUCGUAACAAUUAAGAAGAACUUAAAGCUAGCGCUGUUGAACGAAAUGGAAGAUGUGGGAGAGGAUUUUGAAACCAGUAAUCAACAAUCAAAUGAUGGUACUUUAGAUGCAGUUGGCGAUCAACUGGCAGCUUUUGGCAAUAUUGGCACCAAUUUUGGCUUUGGUGGUGAAGAAUAUUACAAUCCAAAUGAAGAGACACAAUCAGGCCAAACAGUUGAUCCUGAGCAUGCUAUCCAAAUCAACGAUAAUGAGAGACAAAAGCCUGUUAUCAUCAACGGAUCAGGAUGGUCGACAUUGAAGAUUCCUGUACCUAUGUUCAAAGUCGACAAAGAACCCUACAUCCCCAUGAUUGUCUCCAUUGGUCCCUUUCAUCAUAAUGAACCAAGUCUACGAGCUAUGCAAACUCAAAAGCGGCAGUUUCUGGAUCACCUGAUUCGAAACCGAACAGGGCAACCUAUCCUUGAAGAAAGCCUUAAAAAUGCCAUGAGAAAAUUGGAGAAAAAGACUAGAGAAUUCUAUGCAUAUGACUUUCAGGCUAUAAAACCUGAUGAUUUUGUGCAGAUGAUGGUCCUCGACGGUUGCUUCAUUGUAGAACUCCUGCGUUUCUACGAGAAAAAAUAUGUGGGAGAGCCCUUUUUCAAAACACGCUGGACACAGACAAAUAUCUCUCGUGAUUUACUUUUGCUUGAGAACCAACUCCCUAUGUUUGUGCUGAAGGAGAUUUUUGAACUUACUACCUUGACUGGGGAGGCAACUCUGAUUACGCUUGCUCUUAGGUUUUUUGAACCCUUGAGACCUGGGAAGGACAAAUUUGAUGAAAGGAUGUUGAACAAGCAUGCCAAUGGUGGGUAUAUACAUCUAUUAGCUUUGUUUCACUCUACCUUAAUUUCAGGAGAUAACAUAUACCCACAGCAGCUUGCAAAGAGUGAUCUUAGGCGUCCUGGGAAAGGUUUGGUGCAUAAUGCCAAAAUACUUAGUUAUGCUGGUAUUAAGUUCAAAAAAACAUCUGGUAGCAUUCUCAACAUAAAUCUUACAGGCAAGACGUUAAAUAUUCCGACUAUGGUCAUCGAUGAUAGCACUAGCCCUAUGUUCAGGAACUUGAUAGCCUAUGAACAAAACAACUGUGAUGUAGCUCCACAUUUUUGCUGUCUUGCAUUGUUCUUGGAUAGCAUAGUGGAUACGGUCCAGGAUGUCAAGAUUCUUUGUGAUGCUGGGAUUAUCGAACAUGCAAUGGGUAGAGACGAGGAGGUGGCAAAUAUUUUCAACAAACUUACUAAAGGGCUAGUGUUUGAUAUUAAUGAAGAGUAUUGCUACAUGACCAAGGAAAUCAAAAAGAUCAACCGUCAUUGUGAACACUACAACAUCAGAGUUCGAAUUCGUCAUCUUUUCUCUAGGCUAAAUUUCAAAAGAUUACUCAGGUUUCUCGACGCAUGCUUUUACAUCGUGAUCACAGUCAUCGUAAUUAAGAUACAGUCAAAAUCUAAUAAUUCAAAUGCCUACUCCUCAAAUGCUCAGGAUUCACCUCCACCCUUGCCUUCUUGAUGAAAGUGUAUUUGAUGGAGCGAUGAUUGUGCCGUGUUUGCUCAUCAUUUAGCUUAGUAUUGGCUUUUCAAUAAAACUGGGAGUCCUCAGAUUGUCAUGUAGUAGUAUUUUUUUUAAAUUUCUUUUAUGCUUUGUUGUUGUUCCAUUGCAUAUGUCUGUACUAUGCGUAUUAUGUAAUACUUACAUAUGUCUGUACUAUGUGUAUUAUGUUAAACUAAGUGUAUUAAGUUUGAGUUUCAAAUCGAAUAAAUCCAUCUUGGAAUCAGAAUUGUUGUUGGGAUUC